AUGGGCUCCUACGAAAAACAUCCCUUCACCAUCUCCAGCAUAGCCGUCAUCGGCGCCGGCCCCUGUGGUCUCGCUGCCGCCAAGUACCUCCUUGCCCAAAAUGCCUUCCAAAAGAUCGACAUUUACGAACAGCAGCCCGAGGUCGGCGGGGUCUGGUACUACAGCCCAUCCCCUCCUCAGACCCUCCCCGUCCCUCAAGUAAAACCAGAUUGUCCUCCCGACCCGCCCCUCCCUCAAAACCCGCCCGUCUUCCCUUCGCCCAUGUACGAGCUCCUGCACACCAAUAUCCCCCGAGGGCUGAUGCGCUUCUCCGACCUGCCCAUCCCCGAGCCUACACCUAUUUAUCCUAGGCGCGAGCACAUCCAGGAGUAUCUGGUUGAGUAUUCGAAGGAGGUGCGGCAUCUCAUUCAGUUUUCUAGCCAGGUUGUUGAUGUGCGGUUGCGGCGGGAUGAGGGAGACGGUAAGGAGCGUUGGGAUGUGGAAGUGUUGUCGUUGCAGACGAGCGAAAAGAGGACAACCACGUAUGAUGCCGUCGUUGUGGCGUCGGGUCACUAUGCGACCAUCUACAUCCCCAACGUCCCUGGCAUCACCGACUUCCACGCCGCUCACCCAGGCGUCAUCACGCACUCCAAGCACUACCGCAACCCGACCCCUUUCACCGGCAAAAAGGUCGUGGUAGUAGGCAACGCGGCCUCCGGGCUCGACAUCGCCUCCCAGAUCAACACCGUCUGCCGCAAACCUGUUCUCCUCUCCGUCCAGCAUCCGACCCCCGAACCCAGCCUUCAGUGGUGCGGCGCUGAAGAGGUGCCCGUCAUCGAGGAGUUUUUACCUUCAGAGCGCGGCAUCCGCUUCAGCAACGGCCGCGUCGAACACGACAUCGACGCAGUCAUCUUCGCCACAGGCUACCUCUACGCCUACCCCUUCCUUUCCUCCCUUACCAACCCCCCUAUCGUGACAGACGGCCGGCGAGUGUGCGGUUUGUAUCAACACAUCUUCCGCAUUGACCAGCCAACCCUAGCCUUCAUCGGCCUACCGAUCAAAGUGGUGCCCUUUCCCGUGGCAGAGAGCCAAGCGGCGCUGGUGGCGAGGACGUGGGCAAACCUUUUGCCGCUGCCGUCAGUGGAGGUGAUGCGGAAGUGGGAAGAGGAUGAGGAGAAAGCUAGGCAGGAGGGGAAGUUCCAUGUUUGGGGGGAGGGGGAAGACUCGAGGUAUAUUAAUGAGGUGUGGGAGGCUAUUGAGAGGUCGGGAACGCCGGGGAAGAAGCCGCCGAGAUGGAGUCCGGAGCAGGUUUGGCAGAGGACAGUUUAUGGGAAGGCGAAGUUAGCGUUUGAGUUGGGCGGAAGGACUGCGACUAGUCUGGAAGAGCUGGGGUUUGUGUAUCCGGGUGAGGGAGAGUGA